AUGAUCACGCCAAAGUUCACCGUGAGCCAGGACGAGGACACUGUCACCAUUGUCAUUAAAGCACCGCACAUCAAGGUCAGCCAUGACACCCAUACCCAGAACGUAGACUUUGAGGUCGACGGCGCAGUGUUCAAAUUCAACCUGAAGCCCUACUUCCUGAGACUGACGUUCCCAGGAAAUGUUGUGGACGAUGAAAGAGCAAAGGCGACCUACAAUGUCGGCGAAGGAGAACUGACAGUCGUCUUGCACAAGGAGACCCCAGGAGAAGAUUUCCCCGAUCUGGAUAUGCUCACCAAGUUGCUCGUCCGUAAGGGCGAUCUGUCGACGGAUAAGCAGAUCAAGCGGCCGUUGAUUGAAGUCAUUAGCAGUGGGGAGACCUUGGAGGGUACUCGCCAGGUUGAAAAGGAUGAAGAUUUUGAUUGGGAGAUGCCACAGGAGAUCCGCCAAGAGAUUUUUUCAGAGGUUCGGUACGGAUUCAACAACCGGUACUCGGGAUUCUUCACACACGCUCAAGAGACUGCCAACGAUGUUCUGGAUGUGUAUGACCCCGAGCAUGCGACGUUGGAGCAGAGGAGGGAGAACAGGAUUCAGCGGGAAAAUAGCAAGUUUGACGAUGAGUACUACAUGAACGACUUCAUGACGGAGGAGGAGAUUCAGCAUAUCUUAAAGUACAAGACCCAAUGGUGGAAUGAACUCCGUGCUAUCCAGAAAGCCGAGAAAGAUAACGCGAGCAAAAAGGCUAAGGCUGAGCCAACACCAGCAUCGGAACCAUUAAUCAGCGCCACAACGCAACUCACAGCCUCGGCACCGACGAACAUCUCCGCGUCGACUACAUUCACAUCAAGCCUUUUCGCCAACCCAACCAAACCCUCCGCACCCUCUAUAUUUAAUAUUGUCAAGGAUGACUCGGAGGAGACUACUUCUUCUGCAGAUGCCUUUGGGUUGAAGGAGAUCUCGACCAAGAAGACUACUACCUCAAGCAUGAUCUCGGAAAUUGGUAGCAGUAGCAGCAGUGGCAGUGGCUUGAUUUUGGAUCUGGAACCUUCCCAGCCCUCACCAGCAAUGACUUCAGCGGCGACUUUGGAGAGCAACAGCAACAACCCUUUGAUCUCAACGAUUGAGCCUCUGAUUGAUGAGAGUGAGCCUGUCAAACACCUGGCUGGACACUCGAUCGAGGUGAUCGACUCUUCGAAGCCACUGCAAAACUCGGACUUGACUGACGGAAUCGCGGAGAUGAACCUUUCUGGAGAGAACUUUUCCGUACCAGUGAAGCCAUUCUCGGCCAAGGAGCAGGAGCUGAUGCGGGACUUGCCUCGCAGAGAAUAUAUCUUGGAGAACACCAAAUCGGCAUACCUGACUUUGAUCGACAUCCUCUUUGCCUACAGUUACGACCUCCGCACCUCCGAAGGCGACACAUCCGUUGAGACCGCCUGGACUAUCUGCAAACUCUCCCCCUCCAUCGCCGCCCUCGACCAAUUCACGACCCUCAAAGAGGCCCUCCUUGCCAGUUUCCGUCGUGCCCUGGCUUACCCUCUCAACAGGAACUGGAAUUUGGCCGAAAAGGUCUUGCAGGAUGUGUAUGUGAUUCUCAAGUUGGGUCGGAGGGGGAUCUUGAGGGCGCUGUUGGCCAUCAAGGAAGUUUUGGAUCAUGAUGAUAUUUAUUAUAUUUAUAGUAAGAUGUUUGUGGAGGAUUAUUGUGUCUGGAUCCAGAGCGCUAGCGAGAAGGUGAUCAGGACGUUGGCUCACGAGCUGCACCAUUUCAAGUUGGACAAAUCUGAGCUGGGAUGGCACCUUGAGGAACUGGAGGCUUUGGCAAAGGAGACACCCGAGGGGGAAGAAGAGUCCGAGGAAGAGUCGGAGGAUGAUAGUGAUGACUCUGACGAUUCUUCGGACGACAGUGAUUCGGACGACGACUCAGACGAUGACGAGUCAGAGGAUGAGGAGGACGAGAGUAUGAAGGAAGAAGAGAAGAAGGAUAGCAUAGGCGAGAAUGAUGAUGAGGGUAUCUUUGUGCACGAAGGUCCACGGCCCAAGAUCAUCGAGCUAUAA